AAAUAACAAAACUAAAUAAAAUGAAAUCUCUGGAUCAGAUUACUGUCACAGUUUAAAGGAUGAAUUCUUCUCUUUAUCUCCAGUGUCCACACUCAGGAUGGUGCUGGUGGGGAAAACUGGAGCUGGUAAAAGUUCUUCAGGAAACACCAUCCUGGGCAGGAAAGCCUUCAGAGCUGCCCAGAGUGGAUCAUCUAUAACUAAAGAGUGCUGGAAGGAGACUGGAGAUGUAGCUGGGAGGGAGCUGUUGCUGGUGGACACUCCUGGACUGUUUGAUACAGAAUAUUCUGAGAAAGAGCUGAAACAGGAGAUCAGUAAGUGCAUUAACAUGACGGCUCCAGGACCCCACGCCAUCAUCCUGGUGAUUUCACUCGGCCCCUUCACCGAGGAAGAACGUCUCUCAGUGGAGAAGAUCAGAGCCCUUUUUGGAGAAGAAGCAGAUAAACACACCACAAUCCUCUUUACACAUGGUGAUGACCUGAGCUGCACGAUUGAAGAGUACCUCAGUAGCGCUACCGAGCCCCUCAAAGACCUGAUUAGCCGAUGUGGACAGAGAUAUCAUGUCUUUAACAAUAAAGAAGUGCAGGACCGCAUACAGGUUCUGGAGCUCUUGGAGAAAGUAUACAGCAUGAUUUUAGCCAAUAAUAACGAGUUCUACACCAGUGAGAUGUACAGAGAGGUGGAACAGAGGCUGAAGAUGAGGGAAGAUGAACUGAGGAAGUUCUACAAGCAGAAACUACAUGAGCAACAACUGGAACUAGAGGCCAAAUUUCAGGAAGAAAAGAGGAAACUGCAGGAGAACCUCGAUGUCUUAAAAGAAUCUGUAGAAGAGAAGGAGAAGAAGAUCAAACAGCUGCAGCAUCUGGUCACCCGGAAUAACCAAAUACUGACCGAGUAUAAAAUAUAUUAUGAGCACAAACUUAAUGCAGUGAGACAGGAAGCAGAACAAAGUCAGUUCAAUGAGGAAAUACUGACACGUGUCUUACACGAGCUCAAAUACUGGAGUGUGAAAUAA